CAUCUACUGUUUCCAUCAGCAGUUCCUGCUGCCAGCGCUGCAGAAACGCAUGGAGGAGUGGGACUUGAACCCCCGGAUCGGGGACAUCCUGCAGAAGCUGGCUCCGUUCCUGAAGAUGUACGGCGAGUACGUGAAGAACUUUGACCGAGCCAUGGAGCUGGUCAACAUCUGGAUGGAGAGAUCGGCUCAGUUCAAGACCAUCGUCCAGGAGAUCCAGAGGGAGGAGCGUUGUGGGAACCUGACUCUGCAGCAUCACAUGUUGGAGCCGGUUCAGAGGAUUCCUCGCUACGAGCUGCUGCUCAAAGACUAUCUGCACCGCCUGCCGGAGGACGCCCCGGACCACCGGGACGCCCAGAUACUCGUCACCUGUUCCUCAUCCCCGAAGCCCCCACCUCCAGCAGCAGGGGGUUGUCGAGCCCGCCCGGGCUCCAGACAAGCCCCUCCGCCUCCCCAUCUGCAGGUCCUCCAGGCGGAUCCCGGGGGCGGACCCCCCCCAGCAGCGCCCGAUGGCACCGCCUCCCCCGCCUGUGUCCUGUCGCUCAUCGAGAAGUUUGGCGGUGAGUUCUGA